AUGGCGAAUGUUGAGAAUCUGAGCUCUGUUCCGGCGUCGGAAGACACGGAGUUUGGGUUUAAGCGGCCGGAGAUGUACAGCGCAGACAUCGCUAAUUCCAUCAACUCUUACGGUCGCCAUGUUUUCGUCUUCUACAAAACUCCUGAAGCUUGGCUCUCACAAAUCGAAGACGAAGGUUUGCCUCAGCGUUUCGCUACGUUGCUCAAGGAUCGCAAAUCCGAUCUCCCUGUUCCGACGAAGCUGAAUGUUUGCGAAGGAGGUGGAUCCGAUGGAGAUGUAUUGAUUUUCCCGGAUAUGGUCAGAUACAAAGGGAUUAAGGAUGAGGAAGUGGAAGUGGAGAGUUUCGUUGAAGAUGUGCUUGUGAAUGAGAAGCCAUGGAGAUUUGGGAGAGAAGAAAAGCUAUCUGGAUCAUUUGUAUUCGUGUGUACUCAUGCGAGUCGUGAUAAGAGGUGUGGUGUUUGUGGACCUGUGAUCUUAGAGAGGUUCAAGGAGGAGAUUGGCUCUCGUGGACUCUCAGAGCAAAUCUCUCUCAGGCGUUGCUCUCACGUUGGACAGCACAAGUAUUCUGGUAACAUAAUCAUCUUCAGUCCUGAUUCAUCUGGAAAGAUUUUUGGCAAUUGGUAUGGAUAUGUAACUCCUGAAGAUGUACCUGAAUUGCUUGACCAGCAAAUCGCAAAAGGAGAAAUCAUUCAAAGGAUUUGGAGGGGACAAAUGGGUCUACCUGGAGGUGUGCCUGAGAGAGAGCAUGGACAGGCAGUGAUACCAAGCGGUAACAGCGUAGCGGAUAAAUCCACUGGAGGAGGAUGUUGUCAAGGAUCAAACGGCAGCGUUUCGUGUUGCCAGAACGAAAACUCAAAGCCGGAGCCAAUCAAGAAAGAAGUAAGAAAGUGCACCAUUUGGUUCCAGCCUCUUGACAAAGAAGAAAUCUACAUUGGAGCAGCUGUGGUUGGAGCCGUUGCAACUGUAGCCAUGAUUGCUUUCACCAUUUACAAGAGGUCAGGAUAA